GGUUUCUACCGCUCCUCCGCACAGCGCUGCUGUAGCGCUGGUCGGCAUCCGUCUGCGAUCUAUGCCGGUCUGGGCGCUGAUCCAACGAGACGCCGAGCCGCUCUAACGGUACCCGUGCCGUCGCCGACGGCUUCCGAUUCUUCGAAGCAUGUCCUGCGGUUGAUCGGAUCGUCGCCGUUCUGUUUGUGUUGUUUCUGCCGGGACGGCGGGUGUUUUCGUCUCGUCGACUGACCACGGGCAGUAGCAAAGCCGCCGCCGACGACGACCGAGGAAGACCACAUUGAACACCAUGCAGCGAAAUGUGCGGACGCUCGUUUCGUGCGGGGGACUGCUUCUCCUCGCGGCUUUGAAAUUCUGCGGGGGAGACGACCUGCCGGCGUGCCAACCUAAGGACUUCCACUACGAGUUCACCGAGUGCGACGACCAGGGCGGUCGCUGGCGAGUGUCGGUGCCCCGGCCCCAGACCUGCGUGGGGGGCGCCCCCAACGCCCCGCAGCGGGUGGACGACUGCACCACGUCGUGCGGGGCCGGCAUGUACUUCGACAGGACCAAGCUCCAGUGCGUACGGUGCCCCGCGGGCAAGUACUCGCUGGGCGGCGGGCUCCGCUUCAACCAGUGGGACGGCGAGCUGCCGGCCGGGAUGCACGUCCUCAGCGAGGCCAUAGAGUCCAGCUUCAAGAGGAAGGCGCCCCUGAUGCCGCCGCCGCUCGCACGCUCGGGCAACGCGGCUCCGGAAGCCGUACUCAACUGCUCCCUGUACGGUUGGAAGGCGUUCUCUCCGUACGUGGCCUCGCUGGGCGGUCCCUGUGUCUCGGUGCUCACGUACUCGGCCAAGCUGGUCAAGCCGGGUGUGCUCACCUACGUUUACCAAUACACGGACGACACGGUCAUCUUCAACUUCGAGGCGCAGAAUGACCAGUGCAAAAGCAUCGAGCACUCCGAGAUGUACAAGUGGCCACAAACCACGGAAGAGGGCAAGUGGAAAACGAUGAAUGUUAACCUCCAAGCGGGGCUGAACGUUCUCUACUGGAAGACGGUCGGGAUGGACGCUGGCGAAGGCAAGAGCAACAGGCCCGUCAAAAUCAAGAGCAUCGAAAUAAGUGGAGUGGCGUACACGUCGGAGUGCACGCCGUGCGAGCCAGGCACGUUCAGCGACCAGGAAGGAGCGGUGGAGUGCAAGCCCUGUCCGAUCAACACCUUCUCCAUAGGCGACUCUUCCCAGUGCACCCCUUGCAGAGCCGAGCAGUUUGCCCUGCCGGGUUCGUCGGAGUGCGGCACCCGGCCCCCGUGCACCUCGGACGACUACUUCGAGACGCGGAGCCCCUGCGACCGGAACAACCAGACCACGGUGUCGUACGAGUGGGUGUCGCCCAAGGUGUGCGACCAGCGCCACCAGGACUCGGUGCAUCUGCCGGUGUCCGGCAAGCAGGUGCCCUGCCCGCCCUGCAACCCGGGCAUGCACCACGGCAGCAAGUACAUGUGCGACUACUGCCCGCCCGGGAACUACUCGGACGGCUACAAAGAAUGCCAGGACUGCCCGGCGUCCACGGUGCCAAACUACGGCUUCUUCCUCAAGACCUGGCAAGAGCUACCCAGCAACAUGGGUUCCCGCUGCAUGAGUUUGGAAGGCUGGGGCAGCUGCCGCAACGCGACCGCCUGGAAGGCCCUGGGCAGCUACAUCCAGAGCGGGCAGGACCACGGGGAGGACGCCUACCUGAUCCUCCAGCUGGACGUCGGGGGCUUCCGCAGCAAGGGCCUCAUGUCAGGGACCAGGACCACCGCCUUCGGGACCAUCAGCUUCACCUUCGAGCUGGACUGCGUGGGGCUCUGCGAGUUUGUCUUCAUGCAGUCGAGCCCACGUCAGGGCGUUUCUGUCGUGAAGUCCUGGAGUGGAAGACAGGAGAAGCAGCACUUCACGCAUUAUAUUACAAUCAACGACAGCUACAUCUUCAGUUGGGCUUUCCAACGUUCUGGAAGCGAUGGAACGACGUCUAAGAACAACCGCAGGCGACAACCCGAGGAUUCCGCCAUAAUCUACGAUAUCCAAGUGACCAACACAGUCAAGGGAGGUGCUGAAAAGUGCAUGCCAUGCCCUGAAGGCAGCGAGGCCAAAGGGUGCAUUCCCUGUGGUGCUGGACAGUACAUCCAGGACAAGGAAAACCUGGUCUGCCAGAGUUGUCCUGCCAACACGUACGUCUCCGAGCGGCUACCCUACGGCAUCGAAUCCUGCAAGCCCUGCGGGCCCGGGCUACGAAGCGAAAACGGGAGGUCCUGUUACAGCGAUUGCCAUGUGUUCCUCGAGCAUGGCCAAGAGUUCGACUUCCAUACUUUGCCCUCGUUCCUUGAACUUAGAGGACGAAAACUCUUCACGGCCAGUGGAACGCAGUAUUAUCACGCCUUCAACAUCAGCCUCUGCGGAAACGAUGGAAAGCCCGUAGCCAUGUGUACCAACAAUGUUACCUACCAUAUGCAGGAUGAAUAUGCUGGUGAUAACAUAAAAUCUCAAGUGUGUAGAUCAACCAUUGUGCCCUCCCAACAAAGCGAGAUAAGUGCACCGCUCUCCAUACAGUCUGUUAGCCUUGGAGAUGAACUCAUUGGAAUCACAACCAAGUCAUCCUACAACGACAUAUCCGUCAUCAAGGAAUUCUUACCGGGUCCUGGUCAGAAACCCGACAUACACUUUUUUUACUACUCGUCUAUGCCCACACAAGCUUGCCAAAAAGGACGUGCUACAACUAUUACGCUACGCUGUGACAAGAACGCUGGCCCCAAUGGCACCGUCACCAUGCCCACAUCUUGUCCCGAUGGAACUUGUGACGGCUGCACUUUCCAUUUUCUUUGGAGUACGGCCCUAGCUUGCCGAAUUUGCAUGCCAGAUGACUACCAGGUUGUGAAGGGCGAGUGUAUCAGUGGGGUGCAGAAGCUCCACUACAUAUCUCCACAAGGCUGCAUUCCCAGGGGAAGUACAGCUGAGACUAUGACCAAGACCCAGCCCUGCUCAGUGAUCCCCAGGCAGCUCCAGAUCAUCAUCGCCAUUGGCGUAGCCAUGGGAGUGCUGCUCUUUGGCAUGCUCGUCUACUUCUGGAAGAAGAACAGGAAGUUGGAGUACAAGUACAUGAAACUGGUAGCCUCGAGUUCGGGGAAAGACGGGGAGCUCCCCGUAGCCGAGAGCUGCGCCAUCGAGGAGGACGAGGAGGAUCACUUUGAAAACGGCGGCUACGAGGCCAAGAAUAAGGGCCUUCUGCAGAAAUUCCGCACCGUACGGAUCGGAAGCGGUAAGAGUGGAGAGGGACACCACUUUGAGACGAUUCAUCUCACUAAAGGCGAAAUGGUGUCGUGAAGCGACUCAAGAGCUCUGUCAUCUGGUUCAUGCGGGACACAGAGCACCGAACGGAAAGCCCAUGCGAGACGAGAAACAUAGUAUUAAAUUCCAUCAUGAGGUGGAGAGACAUUCCAAAGCAGUGUGGAAAGGUAAAAGGUGCGACACACUGCAGCGUGCAUGUGUGUGUGUGUGCGUGCAGCUACAUCUGGCUAAUAUUCCCUUUUUCUUCCCCAACAUUUGUGUACAAGUGACGAUUCUAGUCAUAGCAAUGCACGUGGAUAAACAUGAUUGUGAGGUGUUUAUGUCUACUUUGCAAAUUUAGAGUUGCCAUGUAGUGUCAAAGUGCAAAUUGCUGAUACGAUUGAGAUCUAUCUCAGUGAUGUUUUAUUAACUUGUGUUCUUGUACAGGUGAAAAAAAAGAUAGCUAAGACUAGCCAUGUUCCUUCUUUUUUGACAUGGUUAAAUGUGUUGCUGUUCAUGCAACGGUUUGUUGUUCGUAUCGACAGCGUAUGCCGCCAGCUUCCUCUCCCAACACAGAAAGGCGGUGGAGUGCCGAAGAAACCCCAAUAUCCAAAUAUAUGUCAACUUGUAGGCAUUGUCUCCCCUCAGCGAGAAAGGCUUGUACUGUACUUAUGAAAGUGCCUAUUAACCCAACGAAAAUAUUCCGCUGGUAUUCCUGUGUAGCUCUUGAAAACCUACAUUUGUGUGCAUUCAUGCUUGCCCACACUUUUCUUGUACGUAAACCCCGGUAAAGAAAUCGGGCCCCGAUAUUUAUGAAUGUAAAGUACCUCAUAUAUUAAAAACCACAUUAUUUUCUUACAUAAGGGUUCGAUUUGUGAUAGGGAAACAAAACAAACAGCAUUGUGCCUUCACAAUGAGAUUGGAAUGCACAGUUCUUUGACUUUGUUGCUAGUCGUUUUCGCUGUUUCACUGUGCUGCAUUCCACGUGAUCACUUUGUAUGCACCGAGAUCCAUCGCACGCAUUGUUAAGAAAAGAAGGGUGGAGUUAUUUCUCUAUGUGCAGUCAUUUCUACUUGUGCAUUAAACAUAUUGGUACUGCAUACUACCAUUGUUGUAGUGGUAAUGGAUAAAACGCUGCAUGCAAAACGUGAUUGCAGAUUGAAGUGAUGAUGGAGGGAUCAAACAGAGGUAUCAGCAGUUGAAUUUCUGUAUAUAGGCCUAAGUGUAGCUUUGUGGCACAUGUGUUUGUUCUCAGAAAAUAAAACUUGUUCUUUCUCUCUAA